UUUAUAAACAUUUAAGAACUUUUAAAAGCACAGAUAUAGAUAAUAAGUUUAUUAUCUAUAUCUGUGUUUAAAAGAUCUAUGUUUUUGUUAUUAUACACUGAUAAGAGAUAACAAAAUACCAUACGUUUAACAUAGAAAGGUUAUUUUGUAGAGAUAGGUGCUUCAUAAUCAAGAACAUACAUUUUGUUGUGAAUUAUUUUAUGAAAAUAACAAGUUGUAAAAUUAGCAACUACAACUUUAGGAAAUAUUCCUUACUCUUUAAUUUACAUUUAAAAUGGCUGCAAGAGAAGCCUCAAAAAUUGCGUCGAAAUCUGUGAAACCUUUAUUGUCAUCAAAUAAAUCCGAAGCAAAAAAAAGGGUGUUAAAUUUAUAUAAGGCAUAUUACAGACAAAUACCUUUGAUGUUAUUUGAUCAUAAUAUACCAGUUACAAAGGAAGAAUGUCAAAAAAAGUUGAAAGAAGAGUUUUUGAAAAAUAAACACGUUACAGAUGUUAGAGUUAUUGAUAUGUUGGUUAUCAAGGGACAAAUGCUGUUGCAAGAAAUUGUUACCAAAUGGGCUCAAGAAUGUCACAUAAUGAGUUUAUUUAAAGAUUCUGUAGAACCUAAACCUAAUGAUUUUUUAUCUAAAUUUGUAAACAAUAAUGACUCUCAGUAGCAAUUAAUAUAAUUAUGUUAAUAAUGUAUAA